GUCAGUUAUAGAAAGACGCUGAUACGGAACAGACCUAUAUUUCUCAACUAAAACCAAAACUGGAUUUUAGCUACAUUUUCACCAAACUAUUGUGCUUAUAUAUUUUGAUAUUGUGAAGUCAAACUGCGCUAAAAGAUGGCAACACCUCGCUCAAUUUUAUUCUCGGGCAAUCCUGAUGGAGAUUUUGAGGGCUUAAUUGGAGCUAUAAACAAGCUGGUUCUGAAGGGAUAUCAGCUCAUCGAUUUGGUGCUCAAUCGCACAGAGACCCAUUACGACACCACCAUGGUGGCUGGACUGGUCAGCCUUGCCGUUGUCAUCGGAGCAGGCGUCUUGCUUACCAUCAUGCAUCGUCAGAAGUACCAGAGCAUCGUUAACGGCGCCCCCAUUUUGAAAGGCGAUGAGAUUGUGCCGAACCUCAACUGCGAUGAGACCACCGAGGACGAGGAGACCGAGGACAGUGGCGAGGCCGAUGAGGGCGAAGCCGAUGAGGAGGGCGAGUCCGAUACUCUGGUUAGCGAGGAUUACCUGGACGAGUCCGUGUCGGAUGAGGCCACCGAUGGCUCCGAGGAGCUGGAGCUGGAGAAUCUCCAGAUUGCCAAGGUGCCACCACUCGACAUCUCCCAGUUCGAUGAGCCUGACGAUGCUGCCGUGCCAGUGCCAUCCAGGCCCAAGAGCCCGUUGAAGAGUUCGGGCAUCAAGCCCGUGGCCACCAUGUACAGCAAGGAGGAGAGCUACAAGGUGAUCCCCGUCAGGGAGGCUUCCCCCAUGGAGCCGCUCAACAAGGUGAUGACUUCAAGUGCCCUGGCCAACCUGAACCGCCGGGCUCCCACUCCGGCUCCCAAGCCUGCUCCUCUCAAGCGAGUACGAAUCUAGGCCGUGCAUCCCCCUUGAUGGCGUUACGUUUUUUCUUUUUGGUUGCAGUUACUUGUAUAUUUUUUAAAUUUCUACACUUGUACCACACGUCGUACAGCAGACACAUACCGAGGAACUUCGCCGAGUCCUCGCCAAGAAAUUCCGUCUACUCUUGCACUCAGCACAUGCUUUUCGAGAUGGCUCGCCAGUCUUAGGGUCUUCCCGACACCAACACAGUUGUUGGACGAGCUAUCCAACCAAAAUUCUGACAGUCAAGUUUUUAAAUGUAAAUGGGGCUUUCCAAAUUGCAAGACCAUUAAAUGUUUCGAUCGCAAAUGCA